UUCGCGAGAUGGACGCCGACGAAGAACUUGUUGAGCUCUACUACUUACGAAGAAAAUUAAAAAAGUUGAAAAAAUGUCAAUUCCAAGAAAAUACUGGAUGCACCCAAUCCUAACAGAAAGAUCGACUUUGGGAAGUUAUAAAAAUUUAAUACAUGAAUUAAGAAAUGAUGAAUAAAACACGAAUGGAGUGAGCAAGCAAUGUGUAGCGAUCUAGGAAGCGGGGCGGGGAGAGAGGUAACAACGCGCUCGAGUCGAUUAGAUGCACGACUAGUGUGAACAGCAACAAGCAGGCACCUAUGCGAGCACGAUUCGACGCGAUUUUUAGUCUUACAACGGGCGCUGGCCCGUCGGAUGGUUUUUUGAGUCGUAUAACAGCCCGUUCCCACUAGUCGAAAGUCGCAUAAGACUAAAAGUCGAAAGUCUGAUGUCCCUGUUCACACUGCGUCGCGAGUCAUAUAGAUCGUAGUUUCGCGCCAUUCAGUACGUAGCGAAUUCGCGAUGUUGCGCUCUACUACUUACGAAGAAAAUUAGAAAAGUUGAAAAAAAUGUCAAUUCCAAGAAAAUACUGGAUGUACCCAAUCCUAAUAGAAAGAUCGACUCAACUAAUGGAAUAAGUUCUUCGGCUUUUAUUUAUUUCUCCAUUUUCACACAACAAACAAAAAAACACGAAUGGAGUGAGCAAGCAAUGUGUAGGAAUGUGUGUCUAGGAAGCGGGGCGGGGAGAGAGGUAACAACGCGCUCGAGUCGUAAAGACGUACGACUAGUGUGAACAGCAACAAGCAGGCACCUAUGCGAGCACGAUUCGACGCGACUUUUAGUCUUAAAACGGGCGCUGGCCCGUCGGAUGGUUUUUUGAGUCGUAUUCGACUAAAAGUCGCGUCUCAUCUAAUGUGAACAGCUCCAUAUAAAGUGUAUGGUGAUCAGAGCAUUCGACUUUUAGUCUUAUGCGACUUUCGACUAGUGGGAACGGGCUGUUAGACUAAAAGUCGCGUCUCAUCCAAUGUGAACAGCUCCAUAUAAAGUGUAUGGUGACCAGAGCAUUCGACUUUUAGUCUUAUGCGAUUUGCGACUAGUGGGAACGGGCUGUUACGACUAGUGGGAACGGGCUGUCAUUCUGUAACUACGUAAUUUAAAUCACUCGAAACGUCAAUUAAAGUUCGUGGAUUUUUAUGACAAAGCAGAUAACAAUAAUAAAAAAGCUUAAAAUUAGAAGAAGAAAUCAUUCUGACAUAUCGUCAAAUUUCUCGUGUCAUAACAUAUUUUAUAUUUUUUACCAAUUUUACAAUGGCUAGUGGUGAUACACCAAUGCACAAGCAGAACAUGACGUUCGCUCGCUCUAAUCUCCCUAUUAUUGGGGCAUUUGUUGACUAUGUGAAUACAAGUAUAGAAUAUAUUCGUACCAAAAGUUUCACGCGUGCCGAAAGACUACAGGCAAGUGCCUCUCCCCACGCUUUGUCUGCUACCUUUAUCGCGUUCGUAUGCCUUUCAUUGGGAAUGGUCAGUAAUGUAAAGUUUGAAGUGGUUACUUUCGAUGAAGAACCGUUAGCAAAUGACCUGCACUUCAUUUUAAUGAGCAAAGUGGAUAAACUGUAUGUCGAUGAUAUAGAUGUUUCACGGGUUUUGUGGUGUAUCGAAGCAUCAGACACAGUUGUUAUAUUAUUCAGCACUCUGCUGAUCUGGAACACUGGAAAUGUGCGUUCGCCUCUUAGUGAAUAUUUUUUCCUGCCCUGGCUUGGAGCGACAAUGCGUGGUCUAUGCCUAAGACAGGCUCCCACCGCCGCAGCCCUGCUUUACACUAUGUCCGUUGCUAAUGGAAAUAUUAACCCGUUGUUUCUAACUGCUUUUUCGUUUUUAUUCUUGCUUGAAGCUCGGCUUUGGCUGGAAAUAGCGAGGCUUGUCUGCCUUCGUUGGCAACGCCGUGAUCAUGUUGAUCUCACUCGACCACCGCAAAAUGAAGUUGAAACUCUUUGGAGCAACGAUGACGUACAAAGCCUUGAAGUUGGUAAUUUUGUCUAUUAAUUGUUUUGAUAUG